CUUCACUCCCCACACAGUGGAAGGAGCCGAGCGAGUGUCGGGGGGUCCCUCCGCACCUUUUCCCCAGCGCCGUCUCGACCCGAGGAGGAUGGCAGGGCGGCUCCCGGCCUGCGUGGUGGACUGUGGCACAGGGUAUACCAAACUGGGAUAUGCUGGUAAUACAGAACCACAGUUCAUCAUUCCUUCAUGUAUUGCUAUUAAGGAGUCAGCCAAAGUUGUCGAUCAAGCACAAAGAAGGGUUAUGAAAGGUGUGGAUGAUUUGGAUUUCUUUAUUGGGGAUGAAGCUAUAGAAAAACCAACAUAUGCAACAAAGUGGCCCAUCCGUCAUGGAAUAGUUGAAGACUGGGACUUGAUGGAGAGAUUUAUGGAACAAGUUAUCUUCAAAUACUUAAGGGCAGAACCUGAAGACCAUUAUUUUCUAUUGACUGAACCACCUCUCAAUACUCCAGAAAACAGGGAAUAUACUGCUGAAAUCAUGUUUGAGUCUUUCAAUGUUCCUGGACUUUACAUUGCUGUUCAGGCUGUCCUUGCCUUAGCUGCGUCUUGGACAUCAAGACAAGUAGGAGAGCGGACACUAACUGGAACAGUUAUAGAUAGUGGAGAUGGUGUAACUCAUGUCAUUCCUGUGGCUGAAGGUUACGUGAUUGGCAGCUGUAUCAAACACAUUCCAAUUGCCGGACGAGAUAUAACUUACUUUAUUCAACAGUUGCUAAGAGAACGAGAAGUAGGAAUCCCUCCUGAACAAUCAUUGGAAACUGCUAAAGCAGUGAAGGAGCGUUUUAGUUAUGUCUGCCCUGAUUUAGUAAAAGAAUUUAACAAGUAUGAUACAGACGGCACCAAGUGGAUUAAACAGUAUACUGGAAUCAACGCAAUCUCCAAGAAAGAAUUUACCAUUGAUGUUGGCUAUGAGAGAUUCCUAGGGCCAGAGAUCUUCUUUCAUCCUGAGUUUGCUAACCCAGAUUUCACACAGCCCAUCUCAGAAGUAGUAGACGAAGUUAUUCAGAACUGUCCUAUUGAUGUUAGACGUCCACUAUAUAAGAAUAUUGUACUGUCUGGAGGCUCAACUAUGUUCAGGGAUUUUGGUCGUCGUUUACAACGAGACUUGAAAAGGACUGUUGAUGCCAGGCUGAAACUCAGCGAGGAACUGAGUGGUGGCAGACUGAAGCCCAAGCCUAUUGAUGUACAAGUUAUUACACAUCAUAUGCAGAGAUACGCAGUUUGGUUUGGAGGAUCAAUGUUGGCUUCCACACCUGAGUUCUACCAAGUAUGCCACACCAAAAAAGAUUAUGAAGAAAUUGGUCCUAGCAUCUGUCGUCACAACCCAGUGUUUGGAGUUAUGUCUUAAAUCUGACUUUUGAAGAGUUGGAUCUAGGGAGGCAGGGUGAUGGAGGGUCUUUCUCAAUACUUGUUUGUCUGGAUGGCCGGUAUUAAGAUAACAAAACAUGACUUGAAAAUAAUAAGAAGAAAAAAGACCAAAUUCAACUAAACAGGAAUAUUUUAAUAAAUGUCUCAACAUGCAGAUGUAGUGGGAAGCCAAAAUGAUUCAAAGUGUUUUUUUCUUUAGAUUGAAUAUUUGAACCUGUGCGUAAUGAAACAAAAGAAGUGGGUUUUUGUUCUUUCUGUGGCCUGAUAUUUUGUAUAUUAAUGGAGUAUCCAAGAUUUGAUGGGAUUUGACGGUGUGUAGAUAGUCAGCUCUAUAAUUCUUCGAUUGUACUCUAACAUGUGUACAAUGCGAGAGCUUGUUUAUAUUUCAUACUUUUUUAUACGUUGAGAAAAAAUAUCAGUGAAAGAAAUGUAAUAUUUGACAAGAAACAUACCAGUGACCAACUUGAGGUAAAUUUUAAAAAAAAAUGUAAUGCCCACAUGAAGCUUAAUCAUGUGACUCUAGUAAUUUCAAAUUAUGACCAAUCUUAAAUGUGGGUUCCACACAGUGCAAUUUAGCAAUUGCUUUUGGAACUAAGGAGCUAGAAUCUUGGAUUAACCGAUGCCUGCUAGUGCUUUCUGAUUACUCGGUGCAUUUUCAUUCUAUUUCUUGCUUUGGGGGAAAAAAAGUAAAGACAAGACUGUUGGACCAGUAUUGCAGUUCUGUAGUGUCAUUUCUAAUUAAACCAAAUAUUCCAAUGAUCAAAAUUGGUGUAUUUCACCAUUCCAAUAAAGGCACAAAAAUUCUUUUUAAUGUUUGUGUGAG